GAAGCCUAGUAGCUAGCAGUAGCAGGGUAGUUGUUUGUAGCUCGUGCAUUCAGUCAGAGCUCUAGUGUGGGCGAAGUGGUUCAGUUUAUUGUUAUAUAGCUACAGUAAGGUCGUAAUUUUCACGAUGGCUGGAACUUUAGCCCGCAAAGCUGUCGACCACCUGAAGAGCAAAGAGUUCAGAGAGUAUUUGAUGAGCACGCAUUUCUGGGGUCCAGUGGCUAACUGGGGUCUACCCAUCGCUGCUAUAUCUGACAUGAAGAAAAGUCCUGAGAUUAUCAGUGGGAGAAUGACAUUUGCUCUGACGUGCUACUCCCUCCUCUUCAUGCGAUUUGCUUACAAAGUACAGCCAAGGAAUUGGCUGCUCUUUGCCUGUCAUUUAACCAAUGAGACAGCCCAACUAAUUCAAGGAAGUCGGCUUAUCAAAUACAACAUGGAAAAGAAGUUGGCUAAGUAAUGGACUUCAGGAGGAACACACCUUGCACAGCGGGUUCACAGCAAUGGGCUCAUUUUUCUCAUUUUUGUCCUGCUAAUAUAAUAGCAGCUCUUUAACAAUGAACUAAUCAGUGUAGAAAGUACCUGCCUCUGGACCAGAUUUGUUCUGCAGAGCAGCUAUCCAGGCAAAGCGCCUACUUCUUGAAUCUUUUGGUUAAAUUUUAGUUCUUUUGUCAAAGUUAUUACGCACAAAUUAUGAAAUGGCUGGAAUGUACAUAUGCCUUGUUUGACAACUUUUAAAACAACUGGUACAGAAACGUUUCUGUUUUUAAAAAGGGUCGGCCAUUAUGAUAAAUACACACACCAUACAUUCUUAUACACCAUACAUUUUAAUUUGGAGUAAUUUAUUUCAAAUGAUAAUGUUGCCGUCACUGAACAGAUGCAAUAAACACUGUAUUAAAGGGAAAAAGGUUGUGUGACUUUGUACAUGUGUGUCUAAAAGACUAUUAUGCUAAUGUGAAAGGCCUGAAUAUUGAUAAUGUUUAUGAUCUCUCUUACCAGAUAUGUUAUUCUCAGUAGGAUAAUAUUGCUUUAUCACUGCAGUUGUACUGACAUUUUCUUUGUAGAGUCUUACCUAUUUCAGAUUCUUUCCAAAACAAUAAAAACUCCACACCUAUAGUCUUUCCCGUAAUUUUGAUAGUUCCAGACAAUAAAGACAAACUUUGAUCACUGUAAAAUAAAGGCUUUUAAUGAA